AUGACGUGCCUAACUGAGGUUUUAGGAAAGGGGAACGACUUCAUUAGAGGAGAGGAAUUCGACAAUGCGGCUAAUGCUAAAAGGUCGGCAGCAGUAGAGAAGGAUAAGGAAAAGGAUAAAGAAAAGGAGCGCCGGGACGACAAGUACCGGAAGGAUAGAAAGUCCGACACCUCUGGCAGGAGGGAGGAGAACAACUCUGUGAAAAAAGGAUUUGAGGGCCGACCGGACAAAUAUCAUAAUUAUACACCACUAACGAUAUCCCGAGCUCGGAUAUUCGAGUUGCAUAGUAAAGACGAUAAGUGGCAAAGGCCCAGGAAGAUGUAUUACAAGGGCAGAGAUAAGUCUAAGUGGUGUGAAUUCCACAACGAUUACGGCCACAAAACAGACGACUACAAAGACCUUAAGGACGGGAUUGAAGACCUCAUCAGGAGAGGUUACUUUACCCAGUACCAAGCAAAGGUCGACCGCAAAUCUCCCCCUAGGGAAGAUGAGAAUAGCAGCGGGAGGCCGAUAAAGGACAGGAUCACUGAGAUCCAUGUCAUAAGUGGAGGACCAACAAGGGGUGGUAGCAUCCACGGAGCUAAAGCUAGUCUGAAGGAGGUUCGUCACCAGGUGAACUAUAACAAUACCAGAACAUGGCCGGCACCUCCCCCAAUGCCGUCCGUGGCUUUUACCUCAGAAGACGCCAAAGGGAUCGUAUAUCCCCAUGACGAUCCUUUGGUAAUAUCUCUGCAGAUAUCAACUGCAAUGGUUCAUCGCGUGCUAGUAGAUGGGGGAAGCUCUGCUAACAUCCUCUACAAAGAAACAUUCGAGAAAAUGGGCUUCGAUAAGGCAUGCCUAAAAUCGGUAUCUUACCCGGUUAUCGGUUUCACAGGGGCAUCUGUCGUCCCAGAAGGAACCAUAAAGUUGGUAGUAAAGUUGGGAGAGGGGCGUCAUUCCAGGGACCUCAUAGUGGAAUUUCUCGUCGUUGACGUCCCGGCGGCGUACAACGCCAUUAUCGGCAGACCGCUGAUCCAUGACGCUCAAGCUGUGGUUUCCACCUACCACCUUACCAUGGUUUACACCUCCAAUGACGGUAACCCCGAGAAGCUCUGGGGAAAUCAAGAGUCAACGAGGGCUUGUUAUCUAACUGCACUCAAACACUCCGAUCACAAACGACCCGCGGAAACGCCGCCAUGA